ACUAAAAUAGCUGCUCCCAAACUGAGGUGAAGCAAGAUGACAAGGGGGGGGGGGUUGACUGAUUCCGGGUGUGGCGUAUGGUAGGGGCGGGGUUAGGCGCGCAGUUUCCACCCACUCCUAGUGGUUUCCGUGUCAUACUGAAGAGUGGGGGGCUGAGACAAUACCCCGGUGCUGUCUCUCCUGCUGCCCCGGGGAAGAUGGCGGCUCUCUCGGCCUGGUUCUGGAAUGAGCGCUUCUGGCUACCGCAGAAUGUUACUUGGGCGGACCUGGCAGACUCUGAGUCCGGGGAGCAAUACCCUCAAGCAGGACACAUCCUUGUCGCCCUCCCUGUAGCUCUGGGGAUCUUCGCUGUCAGGCUGCUGUUUGAGAGGUUUAUCGCAAAGCCAUGUGCACUUCGUCUGGGUAUCCAGAGCUGCGGCCCACGCAGAGCUCAGCCCAAUGCCAUCCUAGAAAAAGUGUUUGUGUCCAUAACAAAGUGCCCUGAUGGGAAAAGGCUGGAAGGCUUAUCCAAACAGUUAGACUGGGAUGCACGCAAGAUUCAAAGAUGGUUCAGACAUAGGCGGAAUCAGGACAAGCCAAGCACACUAACAAAAUUUUGUGAGAGCAUGUGGAGGUUUACAUUCUACCUGUAUAUAUUUUCCUAUGGAAUACGCUUUCUUUGGUCGACCCCAUGGUUCUGGGAUACACGACAGUGCUGGUAUAAUUAUCCUUAUCAGCCGCUCACUUCAGGGUUGUACUAUUAUUACAUCAAGGAGCUGGCAUUUUACUGGUCCCUUAUGUUCUCCCAGUUUACAGAUAUUAAGCGCAAGGAUUUCCUGAUCAUGUUUAUUCAUCAUUUGGCCACAGUUGGACUAAUCUCUUUUUCUUAUGUCAAUAACAUGGUGCGUGUUGGGACCUUGGUCAUGUGCUUGCAUGAUGCUUCAGAUUUUUUUCUAGAGGCAGCAAAAUUGACAAACUAUGCAAAAUUCCAGCGUUUGUGCGACUCUUUCUUCAUGUUCUUCGCAUUUGUGUUUGUUACAACGCGACUUAUAAUUUAUCCCUUAUGGAUCUUGAACACCACAAUGUUUGAGAGCUGGGACCUUAUUGGUCCAUAUCCUUCCUGGUGGCUGUUUAAUGGUCUCCUCCUGGUCCUGCAGAUUCUUCACAUCAUAUGGUCUUACCUCAUACUUCACAUUGCAUACAAGGCAAUGAUAAGGGGAAAGGUUGGAACUGGAAAAUAUCAACCUUUGCCUGUACUGAAAGAUGAUCGCAGCGAUGUUGAAAGCAGCUCAGAAGAGGAGGAUACUGCUUUGAAUGGCACCAAAGCAAUACACAAUAAUGGUUCCAACCGGGUGAAUGGUCAUACAACAUCAAGCAGUCAGUGGGCUGAAGAAUAAGUUAUUGGGAUACCUCCAGGAGAUGGGCUGAUGGAUCUAUCCUAAGAGACUUCCCAUGAGACAUGGACUACUUUAUUCCGCACACAACCAAUCCUGAACGCUGGUGGAGCAACCUCUCAUUGGUGAAGCACCUGGAUACCCCCCUGCACCAUAUGACAGAUUUUAUUCCAUUUUUACAUUCUACCUGGAAUAGGAAUCUGAUCUGGUUUAAAAGAGAAUGGCUUUCCACUACACAGUUUGUUCUCCGUGCACACACACUGCAGACUUUUCAACUCUCUCCAAAGCAUUCGUUUUUUUGCUGAAUUCUCACAGCAGUUCAGCUGCUUCACAAACCAGACUGUUGAGUGCAAUAGCUGGAACAGACAGAAUAGGACCAAUGGUCACAUGAUCAGCUAAAGGUGUAACACUUGGUGUUGACAAGGAGGCGGUGUCUAAAGUGAGUUUAACUUUUACCACCAGAAAACAGCACCGGGCCUGUCACACAGCUAAAACCCAAUGAAAGGCUGGGUGUAGAAUCCCUAAUCAGAAGUGUGCGCCUUACUAUGUAAUAUUUUAUAUCAUUGUUUACUUUAUUCUGUGGAGAAAAAAAACUAAAAAAAAAAAAACAUUGUGGUCAUUUAAUUUUUUCUAAAUUAAGUACAUGAUCUGAAAUCCUUUCUUUUUUCAGCCCAUUGGGCAGAAAGGAUUGUUAAACCGCCUGAGUUUUGUAGAAUUUGGUGUAAAACCUAUUAAAUGACCAAUAUACUCCUCCACCCACAAUUAAAAUGAUUAAUUUGCA